CAGUUCGUCAGAAAAACCCACCUAUUCAAGUCGAUUUCUCAUUUCUCUAUUUUAAAUUUAAUAACACCAAAGCAGUUUUUACGGUUUAAAAAUCCAAAAAUAAAUAUUUUUGGCAAAACAUCAAUUUUAAUAUUAUCUCACAAAAGAUUUUUUUAAAGAUUUUCUUUAAUAAAUAAUCUAAAAUAACCGUUUAGCGCCAUCGUUUGUUGCGUCUUUAAACUACAAAUCGACGCCUGCGUAAAUAUUCCGAAAGAUAACCGCGCCCAAUGGAUGCCAGUUCCAUUGCAGCCAUGGAUAAGGACGCUCUUAAGAAACAAAUCGAGAACAUGAAGUACCAAGCAUCAAUGGAAAGGUGGCCGUUAUCCAAAAGUAUCGCAGCUAUGCGAGAAUAUGUUGAAGAAAACGAAAAAAAUGAUCCGUUGAUUCACGCCCCGGAUAAGAAGAAUAAUCCUUGGGCAGAGAAGGGCAAGUGCGUGAUUAUGUAGGGUUUUAGGGGUCCUCCGAGCAUUCCCAAACUAGUCCUCGGGGCUCAGCGGAGCCUUGCCGUGCUUUACCUCAUCGAUUUUUACAUACUAUUACAUCAAGCCGUAUUACGUUCUAUUUGGAAUAUUAUAAUGAAUUAGUUUUUCACGAUCGAAUAAAUCGUUACGAGAUUUGAACGUAGUCAUGGGAUUUGUUACAUUAAAAAACAUAAAAAUAUGAUUAAAAAUAUCAAAAACUAAAAAAAAUAUUGUUAUGUAGUUUAAAAAAUAAAAAGAAUUAUUAAAUGAAGUAAAUAAAUAAACGAUAAUUGCAUCUCGUUAUUACAAGAGACAAAUCAGCUUUUUUAUGUUAAUUUUAGUUCAUUAUUGGGUAAUUUUCUUUCCAUGGUACUUAAAAUAAUAAUAAUAAGGAGUUUUCUGAUUAGAAUAAGGUUUUUGAAUGUAUUAAUUAAUAUUAAUACCAGAUAUUUCUAUGCUAGUCCGUAGUUUUUAAGAGUUUAUAAUAUUUAUUAGUAUUAAUAAUGAUAUAAUUAUUAUUUAGCGAUAAAGAGCGACGAAAAUUUUUUAAUCAAAACUAAAUAAAUAAAUCGCCGGAUUUGAUAUAAACCAAAAACGUCGUGGAAUAGAUUGAAAAACGAGCAACUUCCGAUUACCAUCAAAUUCGACGUUGGUUUCGAUCAAAUCCGAUUAUUAAAUCUUUAAAAUGACAGUUUUAAAAGAUUCAAAAAUAAAAAAAUAAUUUAAAUCAAAUCAAUCAAAAAAAAAUUAAACUUGAAGCGACUUAAAAAUGAAAAACCCUAAAAAUAAAAGACAUAAAGAGAGAUAGAUGACUGUCUGAGUACCAACAAAACGAACGUACAACAUUUAACUUGAUUAAAAUAAAAAGAAAUCAUUAGAAAUUAAUGUUUAAAAAAAUAUAAUCAUAAAAAACCUUAAAUACCUAAUUAAUAAUAUAUAUCCUCGUCUUCCUAAACAUUAAAAGUAGAGGAGUAAAUUAGGUGUGAAAUUAAUUAAUUAAUUGAAGUAGAAUCGAAAAGAGAUGCAAUAAUAAUCAUAAACAAUUAAAAUUCUAAAAAAAAUUAAAAUAAACCUAAACGUAAUAAAUCUAAUAUUAGAUUUGUUUAGAUCUAGAUCUAGUACUUAGAUCGUUCCAUGUUAACACCUAAUAAUGAGUAGAAUUAAAAAGAAAAUAGUUAUUUUAAACUAUGUAAAAGAAAAACCCAAAAACUUAAAAUAACUUUGAAUCCCAACUUGUGACUAAUACAUGAUUUUCGGUUUUGUCGCUCCUUAUCGAAAUAAAAAUCAUUUUAUGUAGUGAAUUAUAUUUAAGAACAAAUAAAUACGGUUUCUCGAAACUUUGUAACGUAAUGUGUACUGAAUUAUUAAAAUAAAUCCAAUUAACUCUUCCGUGCUAAUGCAAAACGAACAUCGUUUUGAGAAUGCACCCGAAGGGUUUACAUACAUUUA